AUGGUAUUCGAUAAAAAAGCGACGGCGCAUGACACCGCACCUGAACCCUUAAAACUUGCCGGAAGUACAAAAGAAAGUGAAGUACCCCACAAAGUACUGAAAGAACGCUACUUACCCCACAAAGAACUGAGCGAACGCGAUAUUGCACCCAAACCCUUAAAACUCACCGAAAGUACGAAAGAACGUGAUGUACCCCACAAAGCACUGAGCGAACGCGAUAUUGCACCCAAACCCUUAAAAUUCGCCGAAAGUACGAAAGAACGUGAUGUACCCCACAAAGUACUGGGCGAACGCGAUAUUGCACCCAAACCCUUAAAACUCACCGAAAGUACGAAAGAACGUGAU